AACCCAGCCCCUCUUACACCACCCAGCUUUCAGCGUUCAGCGUCAGCAAAAACACUAAUGUGAUCAAGAUGGAAGAUGUCUUUGGACUUUGCACUGCUCCCGGGCUUUCUGUCUGUCUUUGGGGUGUUCUUCAGCUCGCCUCCCGCUACCGACUCCAGUCAGAAACCUCAAGUGAAGACAGCCAACAACUUCUCAGACGGAUAUGGAAUCACAUUUCCUUAAGAUUGUACUGAUUUCUCCCAGUGGAUGAAUGAAAGGGCGACUUCCACACUUUUCUGGCGGAUUGUACUCGGAGCAGAUCGGAAGCCAAUUUGUUGGUUAUCACCAGAUGUUUUACUGUUGACUUUAUGGCUUCAUAGAACGGUGUCAUCACUUAUACUGUACCACAAGAAGAAGAAAAAGGAGAAACAUAUUUGGUUCCUCCAGGCUGAUUGACAUAUUGAAGGAGUAUAUAUAUUUUUUAAACCCUUUCAAGAUUCAUAAACUGUGCAGGUUCAUGCACAGGGCGCAGAUGACGGUUGCAUGACUUGCGUGACUUCUAGCAAACAAAAGUUAAAAGCAUCUCGAUGGAAUAGUGCUGCCCACCAAUAAUGCCAGUUGCUAUACGCAAGAGAAGUUGGGAGGAUCAUGUGACUCAUCCUUCAGGAUUACAAUAUAGCUUUGAUGAUCUGGACCUGAUCUGUUGCCACGGUGUUGACAGCGAGGGGCUUUGGACGGGUUCAGGGGUCUCCAAGCAGGGUCGAUGGACACGAUGCACCUCUAUGCCAGAGGGCUGCCACCAACUGCUCACAGACGAGCCGGCUCAAAGGCCGGAUGUGACCACCUCCGGAUUACAUGAUGAGAUCCAUUCGGCGCGUGUGAAGCUGACAGACGAUGUUAAAGCUCCACUUGAGAAGAAGUUCAUUUGCAGCCUUCACAAAUGUCUGGAUGUGCAGCGGAGGAUUACAGAUCACCUCAAGACUUCAGUCUAUUUUGACCGUGAUUCACAGAGUGACAAUAGCGGCGCCGUGAUUCUCUGCGCGUCGGGCAACGGCGCUCAGGAAACUGGUGAAGCUGAAGACCAAGUUGGCACAGAGAAUGUUGAUGAUGUCUUUAAAAAUUCACUAAUCUCACGUGAUCAGCAACAAUGCAUCUCUAUUUCUUCGGACAAUGGGCCUCCACUGUCGCAAUCUGUCGCUGGACAGCCUGGCAAACUUCCAAAUCAUUCUCAAACAAAGGAGGGACAUAGAGAUAGUUACAGCAGACCUCCUGAAAUCCCAGAGGUCACACUGAAGUCGCGCUCUGCCGCUCAACGCGAACCUCGGAAUGACCUCCCAGAUGUUGAGGAAGUGAUUUCCAUUCCUGGCCAUGCUGGCACAAAGAUAACCUUGGAUGUUGGUCUGCUCAGUUCACUCCAUAAAAUGGAUAGUCUUCUUGUGAUGUCAUUGGCUAACAAAGUUGCGGAGCCAGUUGUGAUCUCAGCGGCAGAAGGAAAAUGUGACAAAGGAGCAAUUGAAACCUGGACCGCAGAUUCAUCUGACAAACUGGAUGGAUUAAAUAACCCAGACGCUCCAAAUGAAAAAUCAGGACAUGAGCACCUUUCCAGAAACAUUCAAGAAGGAAAGCAAGAUCCUGCUGGAGCAGGGGAUCGGGCCCCUGGUGGUGAAAUGUCCUUCCAGACAUUGUCGGAGCAGUGUGUUUCUGAAACAAGAGCGAUCAAAAUGUCUCAGGGGGAGGAAAGUAGAUACGGCGAAAGCAGCGAAAAAUCUGGGGAUGUCAGUUUGGGACCAAUCGCCUCACCUGAUACUUGUGUCAAAGUUCAGUGUUGCUUGGCCAGCAGUAAAGUGCCAUGUGAGCAAAAAGGAUCGCGGGAGUCGGUGGAAGACCUCACGCAGAAAAUCAUUAUUCAAGAAGCAGAGCCCAUCUUGACUGUGACGACUGCAAGCCAGCCAGACAAAGACUCUGAUGAAAGUUCUUCAUCAUUGGAAACUAUCCCAGAGGUGAACCAGCUUGCUGCAGGAGGGAGCUGUGCACCUGCUCUGAAGAAUCUCAUCAAAACUAUUCAUUGCCAGAAGGAUGAUGAAUAUACAGCGAGUGAAAAACACCCCCAAAACCUGCUUCUACUCUCAACAGAGGUCAACAAUGUGCUCUCGCCGGAGGGAUUCCAUGGCAACGAAGCCUCUGGUUGCCUGAAUGAGUCACCUGGCUCUGAGGUGGCAGAUGGUCCGAGUGAACGCCACUCGCAAGUGGCCGACUCGAGGACAGAGCAGACGGACAACGCCACACAGGAGGGUAUUCCCUGUGGCGAUCCACUUUUUAAUGGAAUGCGUGAGUCUGGAGUUCAGAAGGAGGAGGAGGGGGUACAAGUGCGCCUUAAGAAGCGAGACCAUGCUCGUCUGGACUCGAUGGUGCUGCUAAUGAUGAAGCUGGACCAGUUGGACCAGGAAAUUGAAAAUGCCUUGAGCGCUAACUCUUCCAUCGGCAGCACUCCCACCCUCCCUCGGCGACGACAACUGGAUUUUGAUUUGGGAUCUGUGCCAGUUGCAUCACAUAUGCAGUAUCCUCAUGCACUUGCUGCCCCAGCAAAAGGCACCUCACCAGCCCUUGGAGCAAAACCUAAGAGUGGGAGUACUGCAAUUCCAGAGAGGACAAAAGCAGAGAUUGAAGCCAAAGAGGCCUGUACCUGGCUCCGAGCAGCAGGCUUCCCACAGUAUGCCCAGCUCUAUGAAGAUGCCCAGUUUCCCAUUGACAUCUCCUCAGUCACCAGGGACCACGACUUCCUUGAUCGAGAUGCCACUGAGGCUCUCUGCAGGAGGCUCAAAACCCUCAACAAGUGUGCUCUAAUGAGACUGGAGAUAUCACCGCAAAGAAAAAGGAGUGAAGACUCCGAUGAGGAUGAGCCGUGUGCGAUCAGUGGCCGCUGGACAUUUCAGAGAGACAGCAAGCGCUGGUCCCGGAUGGAGGACCUGGAGGUUUUCUCCUCAUUGUACACAGAUGGUGCGCAAUCCUCUUCAGCAAAGGACCAAGUAUCCAAAAAGACCAAGCUGGCCCUGUGCGAGGGAAACAGUUCGGAGAGUGUGCUGACUGAUCUCAGUGAGCAACCUGAAGUGAGUUCCAUCCAUAGCAGCGGUAGUGGCGGAAGAGUAGAGGAGAAGAGUUGUGACGCGACCAUUCAUUCCCCAAACGAAGCCAUUGCCGUUGGAGCCACGCGCGCGAGCUCUGUAGCGAGCAUGUGUUCAUCAUCAGGCACAGGCGGGUCAGUUUGUGCUAAUGAGGACUCUCUGUCUGAUGGGCUUCCUCCGUCUCCGUUGGAGCUCGGACAGUUCACCUUUGAUCUGAAAAUGGGAGAACUUGGAGGAAGUCUGGAUCGUGGCGGUGACAGUGGUAAAUGCACAAGAUCACGAGCAAAGAGCUUCCUCAAGAGGAUGGAGAGUCUACGCCUCCGCAGUGGCACCACCUCCAAGAGAAAGAAGAAAGGGAGCAUCAGUGGUGGGAAGAUAGAGAUCAGCGGCCCUGUCAUCAAAGAGGGUCUUGAUGAUGACAAGUUGCGGGCACUCAACUGUGUAGAUAUCCCAAGUCUCAACCUCAACCAGAACCUUAAUCACCAGCACCAUCCAACCCAGACUAUGACACUUAACAGGAAUCGUUCUGUGUCCUACUCCACUCAGACGAGCAACGGUAGCACUGUAAGCACUGGGAGCAGCCAAUCGGAAGCCAGCAGCGGCAGUGCGGUGAGCACCCCGAGCCCAGUGACCCGCGCUCGAAGCCAUAGCACCGCAGCAGGCUCCGGUAAGAGAGGUGGGAUGUACUUGGAGGGUUUUGAUCCCUUCAGCAUUCUCCAGCAAGCAUCCGAUCGGCAGCCAACGCCCAAAUCGGCCCCGCCUAUCCCAUGCCAGGCAAAUACUGAUAUGAGCAUUGAUGAGCAGAACCGAAGAAACAACCACAGAAUUCAGGAGAAUGGCAGACAAGCAGAGGAAGAGGAAGAAGAAGACGAAGGCAGAAUCUUUUUCUAUUUACCGGAGGGUCACAAGCCAGGCACUUUCCCCAAAGCUCUGCAAGACGGGAGUUCACGCAAUAACAACGGUAAUGACAACGGAAACUCCGUGAUCCUGAGAGGACGGCAAAGUAGACGCCUGCGUCGAGUCUCGUCCAGCUCAGUGGACAGCCGCCUCAGUUUUUAUGACAAUGUCCCACACAUGUCGCGAGAUGAGGCUGCGGAGGGCGAUGAACGCAAACUGGAGGAAGUGCUCCAACAUGUGAGUGGCCUGCAGCGUUUCGUGAACGCCUGGUCCGAGGCUGUGGCGGCUGGUGAGGAGGAAGAUGAGGAGGAUGAAGAGGAGGAGGAAGGAGACUCGGAUUCAGCGUUGGACUCUGCCUCACCGUGCCCAUCCUCCCCUCUGCAAAACCGUCUCGAAGAGACUGAAAAUGGAAGUGACCAAGACAGCACAGGAAACCCGCUGGGGGAGGGCGAGGAUGGAUCGAGGGAGAGGAGGGACUCUGGAGUUGGGGCAUCACUAACAAGAACCAGCAGACCACAGAAACUCCGUUGGUUGAGCUUCCAUAACUCCCAUCGGCCCAGUUUGGCCUCCGCCCAGCUCCAGAUUAGCUGCCAGUCUGUGCUGCAGAUGAAUCUUCUUCAGAAGCUCUCGCUGCUACAGCUCACCGCCUUGCUGGAGAGGCACACCCCAACAAACAAACAUGGCUUCAGCUGGGCUGUUCCAAAGUUUAUGAAGCGAAUGAAGGUGCGCGACUACAAAGGCAGGAAUGUCUUCGGUGUUCCGCUGCUAGUUAUCGUCCAGCGCACUGGUCAGCCCCUCCCUCAAGGAAUCCAGCAAGCGAUGCGCUACUUGCGAAACCAGUGCUUAGACCAGGUUGGUCUUUUCAGAAAGUCGGGAGUGAAGUCGCGUAUCCAGGCUCUGCGUCAGAUGAAUGAGGCCAGUGGGGCCGAUGGGGGCGGGGUCAGCUACGAGGGCCAAUCCGCCUAUGAUGUCGCUGACAUGCUCAAACAGUACUUCCGAGAUCUGCCUGAACCACUGCUCACCAGCAAACUGUCCGAUACCUUUCUUCAAAUCUAUCAGUACAUGCCCAAAGAGCUUCGCCUCCAGGCCGCGCGCGCCGCUGUGCUGCUGCUGCCCGACGAGAACCGCGAGGCUCUCCGGACGCUGCUGUGCCUGUUGAGCGACGUGACGGCCAGCGUCGGAGAGAACCAGAUGACGCCCACCAACCUGGCCGUCUGCCUGGCGCCAUCUGUAUUCCAUCUCAACACCCUGAGGCGCAAGGAGAGCUCUUCACCAAGGGUAAUGAAUAGGAAACCGACUCUGGGAAAGCCGGACCAGAGAGACCUGAACGAGAACCUGGCCGCGACCCACGGCCUGGCGCACAUGAUCCAGGAGUGCAGAAAACUCUUCCGGAUCCCCGAGGAGAUGAGUCGCUGUAGGAACUCGUACGUAGAGCAGGCUCUGCUACCGCGACGCUUGGAGGAGCUGUCGGGUUGCGACGCGGGACUAGGAGGAUACCAGUCCUACCUGCGCGACAGCCUUGACGCUCUCCUCAAGGAGGCCAAAGACAAGUUUAAAGGUUACGACAGUUUCUCCACCCCCGAGCAAGCUGAGCUGGCCUAUCGUAAGGUACACGACGGCUUCCCGCUGAGGCUGUGGAAAGCGACCGUGGAGGUGCCUGCAGCUCCAGAGGAGGUCCUGACCCGGAUUCUGAGGGAGCAAGCACGCUGGGAUGAGGACCUGUAUGAGAGCCGUGUGGUGGAAAGCCUGGAUGAGAGGACCGAGGUGUACCAAUAUGUGCGGAACACCAUGGCCCCCCACCCCAUGAGGGACCACCUGGUGCUCAGAACAUGGGUAACAGACUUGCCGAAAGGAGCAUGUGCACUGGUGUCUACAUCAGUUGAUCACGGCGCAGCGCCUGUGGUGGGCGUGCGCGCCAACGUUCUCCUCUCACGCUAUUUUAUUGAGCCCUGUGGAGCCAACAAGUCCCGACUCACGAACAUUUCUAGAAUUGACUGCAGGGGUCGCUUCCCAGAGUGGUACAACAAACUGCACGGACACUUGUGCGCUGCUGAGGUUGCGCGGAUUCGCGACUCCUUCACGUUGCCCGCGGACAAAUGAGGCUGACCCCUCCUUGUCAUUCCAAGAGCGAUGAAGACCAUCCUCCACCUCUUCACAAAAACAGGACAAACCUUGGCUCCUGGACUUGAAGGACUUUGUUUGUUUGUUUUUUUAACCAUAUUAUUGAUGUUACCAUUUAUAAUGUCCUCUGGUCCUGCCAUCUAAGUAUUUAUGUGGAUCAAAGAACAUCGUUUAGACAGGCUUUACCCAAAGAGUGCUAUUGCUUCCGAGAAGCAAAGGUGACUGCAUGUGUAAUGAGAGCAACCAAUAGUUAGCAUGAACAUACUCCAGUGUACACACACUAACUACUCUUUUCACACUUAAUAUUAAUGCUAUCUAUUUUGCCUUACGUCCGUCCUUUUUUAUUUUGUCUCUUGUUAUAACGCCUGGGAGGAAGCGCAAACAAUAUUUAUGAUGUCGUGUGGAUUGAUGAGUGCCUGGUUGAAGAAAGCUGUGAAUGUGCUAGCCCCGGUUUGAGCUGAUAUGUGGAAUGGAGAGGAGAGGAUACAAAGCGGUGGCUGGCUCACCAAAAGCAGCAACAAAAGCACCAUGACGCCUCCCUGAAUGUUCCAUUGCAAGGAAUGAUUCAUGUUGAAGACCAAUCGACACAAGUGGACCAAAAUCAAUGAAAAAGCACCCUUUAACUUUUCCACAGCACAAAUUAAUUUGUACUUCAUGUGUUCCAAUAUUGACCGUCGCAGUGCAUGAAAACAACACGUCCAACAUUGAAAAGAAAACUGCAAGAGAAAAGGUCCUUUUAUAAAGGAGGAGAUUUUACAGGUUUUACUGUGAAGACGAAGGCAGAUUGCAUGUUAGUGUGUUUUUGCAGAAAAAAAAAAGGAAGGAAGAAAAGCUUGUCACUGUGUAGUUCACUUGUUUUAACACCGCUUUAUGCGUACAGUACUUCACUUAAGCCAUUGUCCAUAUCGUUCAUGUAACCGGUCUCUCUACCAAAUAACACAUGACCGUUAAUUUAAAACAAAUAUAUUUAUACUUCGGACAUAUGUUUGUUUUGUAUCGUUUUGUUGUAUUGUAAAUGUUAAGCUCUGUUACGGAAAUGAAAAAAAAAAAGCUUUAUCUUUUUUAUUAAUAUUAUUUCUGUACAGUUGAAUCAAAGUGCACUAUUAAAUGUAUUAAAAUAA